GCCUUCCAUGCCUGGAGCAGCGAGGGAAAAGGAAGCACUCUAAAGACAAGACUGGGAUCCGUGAGGGGCUGGCUGAGAAGUUUUGAGAGUGAACUAUUCACAGCCAUUAAGAGACCUCCAAUUUAAUUUAUCAUCAUGCUUAUUCUGUAGUUCACAUUAAGUCCAGAGUACUGAAGGAGCUGAACAAGUGGACUGGUAGACAUCAGUUAGCUGGCCAUGGUUUUGGCCAUGGCGUUUCAGGAUGCUCAGAACUUCUUCCAGCCUCUCUCUUCCUGGAUAUCUCGGGUUUAUGAAGCUCUCCAGCAAGCAGGAGAUAUGCUAUCUGCUUCGCUGGUUAACGUAAGCAAACAAGACUCUAAAUUGAGUGACAAGCUAGACCAGGACUUAGAUGAUAUUCAUAUUCAGGAAGCUUACUUUGAAGAUGAAGAACAAGGCAAUGAUUGGCGUCAAGAGGAUGCAAAUCCCUUGUUUCUUGAAGUGGAUCAUUUCUCCUGUUGUAAUAGUGAUUUUCAGGACUCUGCCCAAAGUUCAAGCCCCAGACUUAGGCAACAUGCAAAGGACUCAUGUUCCAUAAUGUCCCAGUGGCCCAAUCAGACCCUUGAUGACCAAAAGCCACCACAUGUGCUUUCUUCUAUUGCUGAGGAAGAACAUCACCUUGAAAAGCAAAGGAGUGACCUUCAACACAGCUUUGACAACCAGCUCUCUGGUAUUUUAGAAAAUGUUAAUGGAAAAAAGCAAGUUAACAGCUUUGGCGAUGAUGAAGAGCCAUGCACAUCUUCUGACAGUGAUGAAGAGGUGAUCAAACAAUUUGAGAUUUCUGUGUCCCGGUCCCAGAGUUUCCAUUCAGAAGCAUCUGAGAAAGGAAAGCAGGUGGGAUUGGAGCAGAAAUCAAAAUUCAGCCACCUGCUCUCUACCCAUGAGGAGGAUAACACAGAAGUAUCUGCCUGUGAAGAUUUGGAUGGACCCCGCCAGAUGAAUUAUUCUGAGAAUCUGUCCUACGGUGAAGAUGAUCCCGUUUCUGCCCAUUCCCAGUCCCCAUGUGAGGUGGGGAACACCGGGCACCAUGGUGCAUCUCCCCAAAAGACCAAAGUGCCUCACAGCCUCAGUCGCCAGUCUACAGAAGGCAGCUUGGAAUUGGAGACAGCCUUUAAUAACCGGGGGUUUGAAGACUCCUAUGCUACAGACAGCUCCUCCAUGUGGAGCCCAGAGGAACAGGAUGGGGCCAAUUUUCAGGUGCCAACGGGGGUCUUGGAGCCCAUCUCAAAAUGUGGUGACCUGGAUGUCAUCUUUGAAUAUAGAGCUUCCAACCAGAAGUUCACAGUGACCAUUGUGAGAGCACAGGGUCUCCCCGACAAGGACCGAAGUGGUGUCAACUCCUGGCAAGUUCACGUAGUGCUGCUGCCCAGUAAGAAGCAGAGGGGCAGGACAAGCAUACAGAGAGGCCCCAACCCUGUCUUCAAGGAGAAGGUCACCUUCACCAAGCUGGAGCCCAGAGAUGUGGCUGCCUGUGCUAUCCGCUUCCGUCUGUAUGCUGCCCGCAAGAUGACCCGUGAGAGAAUGAUGGGAGAGAAGCUAUUCCAUCUCAGCCACCUGCACCCAGAAGGGGAAAUGAAAGUGACUCUGGUUCUGGAGCCAAGAAGUAAUAUCAGUAGUGGAGAGUCUCCGCUCAGCCCAUCUGCACUUUCUCACAGUGAUACUGCUUCCUCCACGCAGUCGCUUUCUCAUGGAGGGGCCCCGGAGCUGCUAGUGGGGCUGGCCUACAACGCCACAACGGGGCGAUUAUCCGUGGAAAUGAUCAAAGGCAGCCAUUUCCGAAACCUCGCUGUUAAUAGAGCGCCUGAUACAUAUGGAAAGCUCUUCCUUCUCAAUUCUGUGGGUCAAGAGAUGUCCCGCUGUAAGACGUCCAUUCGACGUGGUCAGCCCAAUCCUGUCUACAAGGAGACCUUUGUUUUCCAGGUGGCCCUCUUUCAGCUCUCUGAUGUCACAUUGAUGAUUUCCAUUUAUAACAGGCGUACUAUGAAGCGUAAAGAGAUGAUCGGUUGGAUUGCUCUGGGCCAAAACAGUAGCGGAGAAGAGGAACAAGACCAUUGGGAGGAAAUGAAGGAAACCAAAGGGCAGCAAAUAUGCAGAUGGCACACCUUGCUCGAAUCCUAGUUUUGGCAGCAGGAUUUGCAUGUGACAUCUGCCCCGGCGACCAGUGUUGCGACCAGUGUUUUGACCACUGAUACCAACUCAGCACAGGCUGGUAGGCAUUUUAAAGACAGGCUUACAAUUAGAGUCUACUAAGCACUGGGACAUUCCGGGCAGGAUCAUUUGGGUCUCUCAAAGGUUUGGUUUGGAUUCAGAUAUUAUAAUUAAAAAAUAUAUAUAUAUAUACAUGGUCAAGUGUACUUUAUGGAAAAUUAACCAUAGUGGAGAACAGUGAUAAUGAGUUAAUUUGUAUUAAUAGAUUAUUGAGUCUGGGUUCAACCUGUGGAAUGAAGCUUCUUGCUGUUUCUGUUUGUUUGAAGAGUAACCUGAGAUCACAAGGGAGCUGGUGAAUCUCACUAUUUGUAACCAGGUAUGUGUAUGAAUCAGAAUUUUGUUAAUAUGGUGCCCAAACCUCCCCACUAUGGAAAUGAAUCUCAUACCAAGGCUCAUAAGAGAGUAUAACUAUCAUCCAUAAGCCCCUUUUUGCAUUUUUCUAUGAACAAAACUCUUCAUUUAUUUACUUAAAAAUAAAUGUUAUAAACUCAUACUUACAAAACAAAUUUGUAUUCAUUAAAUACCUUUCUUUAUCUCGCUUACAUAUUGUGGUUUCCUGUGAGAUUUGAUUAGAUGAAUCAUGUUUGAAGGUAAAACAGAGUUGAAAAACACUGUUGAAAGACAUCUUGUCUCCUUUUAAUAUGUAAGAUUUCCAACUUGUAAUUUUCAAGGUUUUUAUGCUAUUUUUCCUCACCUAAUAAAUUCUUACAGAAUUAGAAGAAACAAACAAAAAACACCUACUUAAGUCAUGGAUUUGUUGAUUUUCUAAAUUGAGAGUUCUCCUUUAGAUUGUACUUUUUCUAUAUUCACUGAUAUAUACUCAUAAAUAUAUUUUGAAUGUACACUUGCAUGUAAACCAUAUUCUUUUUUAUGCAGUUAUUUUCCAUCACUAGAGCAUAGUAAAUUAUAUACAAUAUGUCCUUAAUAAAUGUUGAUUUAACUGACUCUUAGAAAUGAAAAUGUUAUAAUACCUAUGAAUGAAGAAAUAUUUUCGGCUUGUAUGAAAUGACACCAAGUUCUUUCUUUAUUUUUUUCUUUUCUUUUUUUUUUUCUGAGCAUUUGAAGUGCCUAUAAUUGUCAUUUUCCAUGACAUUUGCAGCAGCCUAUAUUAGUCACUACUUGCAUUCUGGGCAUGUGCCAUUCAGAGCACUGAUCUUGUACGGUGAUAAGCAUGAAAUUGUAUCUCUGACUGACUUUUACAUAUUUGUGCCGUGCAUGUUUAUUUUUCUUUUGCUUACCUGUGAGUCCUUAAUAAUAAUUACCUGAAAUUGUCAGUGAAAAAAAAAAAAAAGAUGGGAAAGGAAUGUGUGUCCAUCUAACACUGUGCCUAAUGUGCAGCUCUUCUGAGCAAUUGCUCAGUCACUUAUUUUUAGCUUUUAUGUUUCAUUGUUGACUUUUUGCUGUCUGUGGGAAGAGUGAUAGCUAGUGAUGGAUGUAUACAGUUAAAAACACAGAACUCCUCCUCAGCUCUGCAUUUGACAGAUUGUAGACGUAGGCUGUAACACUUGAAGAACAUAUUUAUUCCUUACCGUGCAAUGUGUAAUGGUUAUCCUGACAAGAAGAGACUAGGGCAUAGGAUAAUUCUUCUGUGAUUUCAAGUACCCAAUUUUGAAAGAAGUGACUUCCUAUGGAAGUAUCAGAAUUAGCAAAAUAAAUUAAUAUCUUAAUUUCUUUUUGGGUCAUGGGAGUUUCAUCUAUAGCACUGCUCAGUUAUUGGGAAUAAGUAAUAAAAACCAUGUUCCUUUGGGUUUUUACCCUACCUUUCUUUGGAAGACCUCAAAGUGCUUUUCCAACAUUAUAUCCAUUAACUGCUGAGUGGUCUUUGCAGUGUGGCUGUGUCAUUGAGUAGAACUGAGUGCAAUUGAUUAAGUAGCGGCACAAAGAAUUGGCUUUUCACAUCCCUUACCCUCUUUAUGUGCUUGUGUUUAAAGGGAAGUAGAGCAGCCUUGUUAUGCUUUCCUUUAUGCAGUAACAUAAAAGCAGCAUUCACUUUAAAAUUUACAUUUGAAAAAAAAACCUGCACAUAUUGUACUGACCAUCCUGGAUUUUUUUCCCCCUCGUAUUUUCCUGCCCUAUGUUUUGCUACAUCCCUUGUCGUAUGCGCCUAGUCAUCACCUAUGCUCCAUUUUCUGCUGCUUUAAUCCACCCAUUUUUUAGGGUUUUCUGCUGGUACAGUGAAGCUAUCCUUGUGGGUUUUAUCUGUUUUCCAGUAGUCUGCUUAUGAGACUGUUACAGGAAUGUGCAGAUUUUAAGGAACGAGAUGCCUGAAAAGCAUUUUUAAUUUUUGUAUAAUUUUACUAUGUUGGUGCUAUUCACCACGUAGGAUGCAUGUACAUCUUGAAUAUACAGCAAUCUGAAGCGGACUGUAUAAAUAUAAAAUGCUAAUGAUAAGAUACAUUAAAAUAUGAGGCUGAAUUUUUUUUUUACAUUGAUUUGAAAUUCUGGUUUAGUAAGAUCUUUUGAUUUUGUACAUUUCAGCUCCCUUUAUUUGCUUGGCAACGUCUAGACACAAUGCACUCAGCAUGUUUUUCUUUUCACUGGAGCUCUUACAUCUACAUUUGCUUCUUAAGAGAGUUAUGAAAGAUAAUUAGUUGGUUCGGCGGUAAAAAAGCUCCUUUUGCCUAUUUUAUCUAGCUAAUAAUUAACAUCUCACAGAGACAUUUGAAAUGGAAGAAGCGCCAGUAUUUGUUGCAUGAGUAGUUCCUUCCGUGAUUUUUCCUAAAGAUAGUGCUUUUUAAAUAAUAUUGUAUGUAGAGGGUGAAUGAAGCACUAGGUUUAUGGAAAUCUGCUUUGUAGUGUGUCUUCUUUCAGGGCAUUAAUUUACACUGAAUUGAGAAGUGCUGGUUUCGCCAAUCACGGUGGUGGCCCUUGUGCUCCCUGCUCCCUUCUGACUAUUGUUGAAUUUGUAAAUGGGCCAUUCACCAGGCAGCCAGGCAUCUGCUCUUGCUCCUCUCUCCUUCACUGGCGCCCUGUGUGAUGCACAGUUGUUUGGGACCCUGUUUUUGCUGAUGUAGCAUAGCUGUGGAGGGAGGUCUUGCCUCCCUUAACAGUAGGAGAACUUGUACCACUGUCGGAUGUAUUACGCUUGGCAUCCACCUGUACAAAGUUCAAGAAAGAAUCCUAACUGUGACUGCGAGGGGGCAAACAGAAUAUGCUACUGUGCUCUCAUUCCCUCUCAGCACUGGGCCCUCUGCUCCUUCUUCAAUAAUAGUGACGGACUGAGCUUGAACGCUGAUGUCCUGUGUGGUACGAGAUGCUGCAGGGAGAACUUCCCCUAUGCCUACGCAGCACAGGGGCUUUCACAGUAUUUUACAAAUUGUUGGCACCUCUCAGUCAGUCUUGGUGCUCUAUCUUGUGGUUGUAGUAGAUGGUCUCAUCUGAGAACCAAAAUGCCUUUCUUUUCAAGUAACGCAUCAUUUAAGUUGAAACUAACCAUCAGGUUAUGCGAAAGUGCUCCUCUGAUGGCCACUGAGUUUAGGAAACUGAUGGUUCACAGCACAGACGUUGAGCCGUGGAGCUCCCGAAAGCUGGACUAUCCUCUUGAAGCACAGAACUUAGUAUGUUAAGAUCAGAAAAGUGAUAGAAGAGGAUUAUUUGUAGAUGACAUAAAACCAAAUGGAGAUACAUGCUUUAACAAUAAACAGGGCAGAAAACACAAUGCAGUGUCUCCUCUUACAUUAAGGGAACUGUGGCCAAAGUGCAUCCUAUUCUGUUUGAUCCACAGCAAGAACAAAUGAUAGAUAAUCCUGAAAUGACAAAAAUAUCAAAAAUCAUUCAUUUGUUCCAAAAAGGAAAGCUAGGCAGAACUAUUAAAACAAACAAACAAACAAACAAACAAAAAAUCAUAUAGCAUGUAUAUAGAAGAGGUCAAGAAUAAAUAAAUAUUGCCAGAUCCCUUCAGCCUCCACUGGCAUAUAUUCAGGAAGAGUGAAAUAACAAACCAAAACACAUUUCAGGUUAACUAGCUAUUAUUUUUUCACAACUUGUAGAAUUCUGGAAAAUACUUACCGAUGAGGGAAGUGAGACCCAUCUAGUUUGAUGAAGUUAGCAAAGGCUAGUCUCCCCUGGGUUUGGAUGAAACUUCACUAGCUGUGUGGCCUUUAAGAAAAUUAUUUACCCAGUCUGUGUCCCUGACACUUCAACUGGAAAAUGGAAGUUAUACCUACCUCAUCAAGUUUUUAAAGGACAAUAACAGCAUUGAGCCUGACCUAUAAUAAGCAUUCAAUCCCCCUUCCACCAUACUCAAUCAAGAAUAAAGCCUUUAAAUUUGUUUCUCUGCCUAGUGGAAAUAAGAGUAACAUUAGAGAGAGACUAUAAACAGUUCUUAGAUACUAUGAAAAGGGUAGAUUCAUAAAGCUGGUCUGAAUUUUUAAAGAAAAAGAAGGCUUAUGGGAUAACCUAAAAAGAGAUGAGCCUGGUAUAUUGAGUCUUAAUAAAACCCAAAUGAGAUACAAUAACCAAAUCUUCAUCUUUCACCCCCUUACUCUGGGGGGGAUGGAAAACCUUGGUGCUUGUGUACAUGUCUUGCUAAAUCAGACACAAAGCACUUUUCAACUCCAGCUCUUCUCUACAAUUCAGUAUGGGCAGAGCACCAUAUACCCAUCCAAAGAGUUGGUAAGGUGACAGCUUGAGUACCUAUUUCAACUUUGAUAUGAAAAAGAAAAAAAAAAUGGUGUGGCAAUUUGCUGAUACUCAUUUAAAGAUGGACAAUUUUUUAGCCUAUGCUUAUAUAUCCAUAUUAUAUCUUCAUAGGCAGAUUUUCAAAGCUGAUCUAAUGCAGCUAUCAAAACUCAUCUAACUGUUUAAUUGGAAAGUUCUUUUCAGGACCAAUUACUAAUCAGCGUUUCCCUUAGGAGAUCACAAUGAAAGGAAUUCUAUUAGAAUUCAUACUAACUCCUUUUUGAAAGGGUUUUAAAGGGUGAAUUGUUGAUGUAAUAGAAAGCAUGUUGAGUUGCUCUCAAGUGUUCAGAUCGUGAGUAAAAGGGAGAGUUUCCUGAGAAUUUAGAAAAACUUUUGUGGACAUUUGAUCUGCAGAAAUGGUUGGGAACAAACCACCUCAAGUUUAAGGGUAACCAAGUGCCAAGAACCAGUCAUGCACUACUUGCUCUUUUAAACUGAAUGUGAUUCUGAGAUGGGGAAGUAUGAGCCUACCUUCCCAAUAUUGCCAGAUUGCCACAGUGCUUACUCAGGUUCUGGGAUUUCUAAUUAAGGAGAAAUGGAGAAACUGGAGAAGAAUCACUUAGCUUAGGGUUUUGUUUUUUUGUUUUUGUUUUAUUUUUUGGAAUAAUUCAGCAUGUAGGGAAGUUACAGGGGAUGGAUGGGAGUUCAAAGCUGUAGAGUGAUUUCUAGGAACAGUAACCCAGAAAAUGAAGAACUCUUAUUGGGGUAUGAUUCCUUCUCUUCUCGGUCACGUGGACAGAUUCAGAGCUUCCACCAAAUCAAGCCACAAGAGUUUAACUUAAAUAUAAGAAGGAGGAUAUGAAGGUUGUUUUGCAUUAAUUCAAGAUGUAUUCAUUUGAUUUAUUUGGGUGUAGCACCAGGAUAUUUGGGAUAGUACAGGACUUAAAAUCUUUUUUUUUUUUUUUCAACUUUUUGGAGUGGUGUGAUUACACAUUGAAGCGGUUGAAGCAAUUAGUCAUCGUGAUAAAAACAAUGUUUAUCAACAGUUGUUCAGUUGAUCCGAUCAUGUGCUGUAAGAAGCAGAGUUCCUUGUUAUGGGUUAUUGUUGGAAGGAGGCGAGAUGUAUUGGCUGAAUGCAUUGGAGAGAGUGUCUAAGAAGCUGGGACCUAGAGUGGGCGAUAGUCAUGCUGGAGGGGGACUCAUCCAGGGAGAGCACAGAAGCAUCUUGGGAAAGCUUUUAAGAUAGAAGCCUCUGUGUGGAGUGUGGGUUCUGUCUAAAGGAGAAAAGGAGGGCACCCAGAAAGAUAGUCUUUUUAAAGUUCCUUCUAAGUCUAAUAUUUUGUAUAUGACCUGCAAACAGAAUCAACAAUACCAAUACUCUAGGCCUGUCCUCUUGCCCUUUGGACACUGAUUCCACACUGAUCUUUCUCUGCAUCAUAUAAGACUUGUCUGGGGAGUUCCCAUUUGGGCUUUGUUUAGGUGACUUUGGGGAUGCCUGCAGGCUCUGGGUGAGUUUCCUCUCCUGUGGUGUUUUUGUUUCCCCUGGGUCUCAAAGCAGUAUCCUAGACACAGACAAUAAUCUGCUGUAUUUAUAGCCACUGUGGAACCUGUAAAACAGCUUGAGGCUUUCUAGAACAACCUCAGAGGCAGUCAUGGAAGCCUGUGGACAUGUCCUAGAAUAAACCACCCCCAAAUGUUGCUACCUGCUCUCCCUUGGUCACUGAUGCUGCCUUAAGCUGUCUCCAUGGGAGUUUUUACUUCAAGCCUUUGAGCAACUAUGCUACCUACCAACUCUUCUUUGAGGAUGAGAGAAGGCUGCCUGCCCACUGGUACUGCGGUAUUUAUGUAUUAUUUCAUCUACUUCAUUUUCCCCUCAAAAUAUCUAUUUACUAUUUUUUAAAUUUUUAUACAAAAUGUAUUUCUUCAAAAGAUAUUGAGUAUAUUUAUCUCAGGCUCUCCACUAGGGACUGGAGAAUGGUAGAGGAGUAGAACAGUUUGAGUCCAACAAUUGCUUUUAUUUCUAAAUAUUCCAUUUUUUUAAAGCUAGAUAAACAGUAAGAUCUUUUAUGGCCCUUUAAUUUUUGUCAAAUGUAUUUCUGUAAUGACUUCUUUACUCCCUGUUGAAAGGGAAAGGAUUUAAGGAAAGUGGAAGUUAUUACUCUGCUUCUGGUUAAGAAAUAAAUGUACUGUUUAUCAGUCUACGCUUCCCUUCAAAAUAAAUGGAUAUGUUUUACAUCGGAGGGAAGAAAUACAGCAUUCCAUUCCACUAACAAAAUGAGUUAUAGCUUGAAAUAGAGGUUGGAUGUUUACUAUUUUUCACUUUUAUAAUUGAACACUGAAUAACUUUAAUAAAGCAGUAAAUGGGUCAGAGCCUGGAAUGCUAGGUGUAUACAAACUAAUGUGAUACAGUACCUAUAAGCUCCAUGUUUUAAUAGCUGAAAGGCAUUGCUACCUUUUAGUCUUUGAAAGAGUGAACUGGAAACAGCAGCUGCCAGGUAAAGGAGUAAGGGUGUGAAACAAAGGAUCCCUGCUUAGCGAUCUGUUUCUUUUGAUUAACAUUUGUCUUAGAUAUUAUAUAUUAAAUAUAUUAAAUAUAUAUUGAGACAACCCUAUAAAAUGGGUAAAGGUCAAUGUUGGGAGUGUCCCUUCCUUGUCAGUUGAACCAGCCUCAAACAAUCUAACUCUUACUUUCAAUUUUAUAAUAGAAGAAAAGUAGGAGUUUUUCCAAUGGAUUUAUUGUUUAUAAUUUUUAACUUCAUAGAAACUUAUCUUAAAUAUCACCUAAAUAUGGGGAGGGUAUGUGCUAUGGUGAGUGCUGUGAAGUGUAAACUUGGCGAUUCACAGAUCUGUACCCCUGGGGAUAAAAAUACAUUAUAUGUUUAUAAAAAAAAUUUAAAAAAUUUUUAAAAAUCACCUAAAUAUGUCUCAACCCAUGAUUCCAGGUCAGAAUCUCUGAUGGCCUAAAAAUUCUUACUGAUGAAAGUCUUUUUGUUUUGCCCAGUUGAUGGUCCAUAAUAAAAAAGGUAACAGCUCUUAUUUGAUGAAGACCUUGAUUUGCGGGAAAAGAUAUUAAAAGGCUGCCGCUGAAAACUCUGAUUGGUGAGGAAGAUGUACACUAAAAGAAUGAUAUUUCCAUGCAAGCUAUUCUGUAUACUAUGUUCACAUUCUGGGGCCACCACUCUCUCUCUAGAGUUUAUCAAGUUCCUUAUAGAUGACACCUUGAGCAAAUCUUACUAAUUUUGCCAUUUCCCCAUGGGCCAUGAUAAUCUUCAUUAAUUCACACCACUACCAAAUUGUAUUGUGGUCUUUUAUUAUGCCACCAUACUAACCCAGGUGUAGCUCAAAGUUCGUUGUCACGAAAAACAAAAUGUUUUCUAGGAUUAAAAAUUUAAUUUUAAGGCAGAUUUUAAGUUCGUGAAUAAGAAGUUAGUGUUUGUAUACUUGACGGUCACAGAGACAUUUCUGUAAUAGUAUUUUGAAAUAAGAUCUGACCUCUAUUUUCAUGGAAAAAGGCAUAACGGUCUUUGUGAUCUACUUGCUUUAAAAAAAAAUAGACCUUUUUUGAGCAAUUUUAGGUUGAGAGUGAAUUUGAGUGGAAACCAGAGUACCUGUGCAUACCCUGCCCCCAUCCUUACACAGGCUCACCCACUACGGCGCACCCCACCAGAGUGGGUACACUUGUUACUGUGACGGGCUUACCCCAGCACAUCAUUGCCACCCAAAUUCCAUGUUUUACAUUAGGGUUCACUCCUGGGGUUUCACUACCUUAAAAUUUUCCUGUGUUCUGCCUAUUCAUCCCUCCUCUGGCAACCAGUGAUUGUUUUAUUGUCUCCGUAGCUUUGCUUUUUCCAGAAUGUCCUAUGGUUGGAAUCAUACAGUAUGUAGUCUUUUCAGAUUGGCUGGUUUCAUGUAGUAAUAUGCAUUUAACUUUCUUUCCCGUCUUUUCACAGCUUCACAGUUCAUUUCUUUUUUAGCACCGAAUAAUAAUAUCCCAUUGUCUGGAAGUACUGGUCUGUUCAUUAUUUACUUGUAUUUUUAGUUCUCAUUGCUAUUGUUCAUUUUGUUAACGUGCAUGUUCUCGAGGAAACCAGAUGGGUUAAUCCAUACGAUACAUCAACUGACACGUAGCGACUUCCAGUCCGGCUUGAAUUUCACCUCCGUGGUAUUGGGCUUGUUUCACCUAUGAGGAGAAGAUUUGUGGAAAACAUGACGUAAUUUCACAAUUGGAAUCUAAGCAGAGAAGGUUCUGAAGGCAAUGAGGAUAGGAUCCCCAAAUUUAGCAACUCCGUGGUGUUCUCUGUUGUCGAGCACUGAUUUAAAUACACAUUGAUAAAAAGUGCUAAUUACGUUAUUACUGAUUCAUGGCAGAAAAGCACCUUCUGUUACUAGUGUAUAUGACUUUACAUUGACCACUGCUGCCAAGAGAAGGGAAGCUCCAUGACUGUGUCCUGUCGUAGUCAGUUUUGCAAAUGGGCGGCAAGUGGUCCGGAAGCAUCUGUAGCACACAGGAGCUCCACAUUAGGAACAGGAUGACCCAUGCAAAUGCGGAGGCUGAAUGAAUGAGUGGUGAAUGUCAGAAUGAUAACACUGAUAAUCCCACUGGGUGAAUGGGAAGACCCGACUAAGGAUCAAUAUCUAGGAAACAUUCUGACAUUUUCACAUGCCCUGACUGCCCUUUGCUUUGUAACUGCGGCAACCUGUGGGACCUGGUGUUGCUGUGGAGCGUAAAGUGUGGUUGCGGAAAGAGUAUCAGAUUAGAUUAAAAUUAAUGAGCCUAUGUUCUAUACCAAGUCUUCCCUUAAUGAGCUCUAAAGUGAAUGUCAAGUCACAAGUUCUCUAAGCCUUCAAUUUUGCAUUUGUCAGCUGGGAAUAGUAAUACUCAUUUUACUUGUUUUCACCACGUUGUGAUAAGAAUGAGAUUCAUUCAUUCCUUCAUUAAUACCACAAACACUCAGAGUUCCCACUAUGGACAAGGACCACAGGUAUGACCAUGCAAUAGAUGGAAACACCCUUUGCAGAACUGAGAGUUUUUGAAGCCCAUGAGAUAGUUUCUUAUUUUUAUUUUAAGGUUAAAUCAGCUCUUUAUGUCAAUAUAUCAAAGUAAUUGACACUUUUAGAUCUCUGCCAAUCAUCGAGCUAUAUUCGUAGAAUGUCAGUUAUUUGACUAAAAGUUACAGUCAGAAUAGUCUUUAGCCAUUCAGUCUCUGAGAAGCUAGGAAUAAAGUAUUAGGUUCGGAUUCUUCUGUUCAGACAUGCGGACCACAGAACAAAUUGCAAAUCCAUCUUUUUGGCAGGCUUGCCAAUCUUUGAGUUGAAUGCGGACCUUUCUUCUUUAGAACAAUUUAACUUUGAGUGCAGGGAAAGCAUUAAGUUGGAUAGCAUUUGUUUUCACAAAAUAGAAUUUGAAUACAGUAUUUGGAAAGACGCUUCCCCCACUAAAAAAGGUCCUUCAGUCUAUUAUAUUUCUCUUGGAGAAUUAGACUUCUCCAGCUUUCCCCUCUGCAGUGACUUUCCUCACCCACAUAAUCAUUUUCUUCCUAAAUACCAUUUAUCAUCUCCCAGG